CGGGGCGGGGCGGGAAAUGGCGGCGGAAGGCGCUGCCGCCUCGGCGUCAUGUGAGCGGGCGGCAAGAUGGCUGCCUUCCCGUGGCACGCAAGAUCAAGAAACUAUGUUUUGGAAUCUGAAUUAUGCAAGCUGGAGUCUGUGCCCUUGGAUUUUGGUGAUUACCAUCCACUCAAACCCAUUACAGUUACUGAAUCCAAGACCAAGAAGAUGAGCCGGAAAGGCAGUACUUCUUCUACCUCCUCCUCCUCUUCUAGCUCUAUGAUGGAUCCUUUGAGCAGUGUGUUGGAUGGUACCGAUCCCUUGUCACUGUUUGCAGCAGCUGCAGAUCCCGUGACGACUGCUAGCAUGGACAGCACACGAAAGAAGCGGGACAAAGACGACAGCUCAGCAGUGGGCAGUGACUUUGAACCGUGGUCAAGCAAGCGUGGUGAAAUUCUUGCUAGAUACACGACGACAGAGAAGCUCUCCAUUAACCUGUACAUGGGAUCUGAAAAAGGAAAAGCUACAACCACUGGCUCAGCAGUGUCUGAAAAAGUGAGGACAAGGUUAGAAGAGCUGGAUGACCUGGAAGAGGGAUCACAGAAAGAGAUACUGAAUUUGACUCAGCAGGACUACAUGAACCGAAUUGAAGAGCUGAACCAGUCUCUGAAGGAUGCUUGGUCCUCUGAUCAGAAAGUGAAAGCUCUGAAAAUAGUCAUCCAGUGUUCUAAGCUUCUUUCAGACACAAAAGUAAUCCGGUUUUAUCCAAGUAAAUUUGUUUUAAUAACAGACAUCCUCGAUACUUUUGGGAAACUGGUGUACGACAGAAUCCUGUCAAUGUGUGUGGACAGCCGUGUCUCUCUCUCAGAUAACUUUUCUCCAGAGAGUGUUAAUGAUACAGCGAAAGAAACUUGCUUAAACUGGUUUUUCAAGAUUGCUUCCAUCAGAGAACUCAUUCCCAGAUUUUAUGUGGAAGCAGCGAUACUGAAGUGCAAUAAGUUCCUAUCCAAAACGGGGAUUUCAGAAUGCCUCCCACGGCUGACGUCUAUGAUCAGAGGGAUUGGAGAUCCGCUGGUGGCAGUCUAUGCCAGAGCAUACCUAUGCAGGGUUGGGAUAGAAGUGGCACCACAGCUGAAAGAAAGCCUUAACAAAAACUUCUUUGACUUUCUUCUAACAUUUAAACAAAUUCAUGAGGAUACAGUUCAGAAUCAGCUGGUGGAACAGUGUGUGGAGAUUCCUUUGUAUCUGACUCUCUAUUCUCCUGCUAUAGACUGGAUUUUACAGUGCAUUGCAUACCGUGCUCCCGAGGUCCUUCUUACUGAGAUGAUGGAGAGAUGCAAAAAACUGGGAAACAAUGCCUUGCUGUUGAACUCAGUCAUGUCAGCCUUCAGAGCAGAGUUUAUUGCCACAAGAUCUAUGGAUUUCAUUGGCAUGAUUAAGGAGUGUGAUGAAUCUGGAUUCCCAAAGCAUCUCCUCUUCCGCUCCUUGGGAUUAAACCUGGCAUUGGCUGAUCCUCCUGAAAGCGAUCGCCAUCAAAUACUGAAUGAAGCCUGGAAGGUUAUAACAAAGCUGAAGAACCCACAGGAUUACAUCAACUGUGCUGAAGUGUGGGUGGAGUACACCUGCAGGCAUUUUACGAAGCGAGAGGUCAAUACAGUUUUGGCUGAUGUGAUCAAGCACAUGACUCCUGACCGAGCAUUUGAAGAUGCUUACCCACAGCUGCAGUCAAUUAUUCAGAAAGUUAUUACCUACAUCUCUGACUUCUCUCUGCUUUUCUCAGUGGAGAAAUUCUUGCCAUUUCUGGAUAUGUUCCAGAAGGAAAGUGUGAGAGUGGAGGUUUGCAAGUGCAUUAUGGAAUCUUUUAUUAAGCACCAGCAGGAAUCUACAAAGGACCCUGUUAUCCUCAAUGCCCUUCUGCAUAUCUGCAAGACCAUGCAUGACUCUGUGAAUGCACUGACACUUGAGGAUGAGAAAAGAAUGUUAGCAGCUUUGAUAAAUGGAUUCAUCAAAAUGGUUUCCUUUGGCCGUGACUUUGAACAACAGCUGAGUUUCUAUGUUGAAGCCAGGUCAAUGUUCUGCAAUCUGGAGCCUGUACUAAUCCAACUGAUCCAUUCUGUGAACCAGCUGGCAAUGGAAACAAGAAGGGUGAUGAGAGGAAAUCAUUCCAGAAAGACUGCUGCGUUUGUCAGGGCUUGUGUUGCCUUCUGCUUCAUUACAAUUCCAUCGCUGAGCAGCAUCUUCACUCGUCUCAAUCUCUAUUUACACUCUGGACAGGUAGCUCUGGCUAAUCAGUGCCUUUCACAAGCUGAUGCUUUUUUCAAAGCUGCAGUGAGCCUUGUUCCUGAAGUGCCCAAAAUGAUCAGUGUGGACGGGAAGAUGAGACCUUCUGAUGCCUUCCUCUUGGAAUUCCUGUGUAAUUUUUUUUCCACGCUGUUGGUUGUGCCGGACCAUCCAGAGCAAGGAGUGCUGUUCCUCACGCGAGGACUGCUGAAUGUGAUCCAGGAUUACACCUGGGAGGAUAACAGCGACGACAAAGUCAGGAUUUACACCAACGUUCUGCACCUGCUGUCUGCCAUGGCUCAGGAGGUGUACAUCUACCGCGUGGAUAAAGUUGAUUCCAAUGAUGCCUUGUAUGGCGGAGACUCCAAGUUCCUGGCAGAAAUAAAUAAGCUGUGUGAAACAGUGAUAGCACAGAUCCUGGAUCAUCUGAAAACCCUUGGGAAAGAAGAGACCCUGAAGCGUCAGAGCCAGCUGGCACUCUGCUUCUUUAACACUAUUCUAGCUCACGGGGAUCUACGAAACAACAAACUAAACCAGCUUGCAGUCAACCUGUGGAAUCUUGCUCAGAAGCAUGGCUUUGCUGACACCAAGACCAUGGUGAAGACGUUAGAGUACGUCAAGAGGCGAAGCAAGCAGCCCGAAAUGGGUCACUUCACAGACCUGGCGCUUCGGCUGCCCCUGCAGUCCAGGACCUGACCAGCACCUCUGCUCCCAGCAGUCGUCUGUACAGGAGAGCACACAGCCAAGGCCAGCAGUCACUGAGCUGGAGUCUGACUGCAGGCCUUCAGUGUAGUUUUGUUUGAGUUAGUGUGACAGACUUGCUAGGACACAGGUAAAGGUAAAACUGUGCCAAGUGUAAUAACUGAAGCUGAGUUUCUGGUUCAUGUUACCACCAUAUUAUUAUAAAUGCUGACUUCGGUUCAGCAAAAGCUGUUUUGAACCUCCGUGCUUGCAAAAGCUUUUUGACAUCUAAUCUGUUGUCAUUUUAGUAACAAAAGAAGAUAAUCUGCAGGGAUCAAUUCCUAGCCUCAAACUUCACCUCACUUGCAGAACAGCCUUUUCUCCCGUGUAGAAAGCAGCACUUCAAUGUAACAGUCCUCCUAAAGCACCUUUCUGCUUGGGGAUGCUGCCAACAUUUGUUUGGGCAGUUCCAGUAGAAGAGAAAAACGGCCAAGGUGUUACUGUUCUGACUCCCACAGAGCACUUUCACAGACGUGAUCUGUGCUGCCAUGUGAGUUCAGUGGCGUCUGGAGCCGUGGAGGGAAUCUUUCAGUGCUGUUUGCAAAGGAAAAUGGAAAUGUAUGCAAAGUACACAUCACUGAAUAAAGCAAACUGCAGCUCA